GCAAAUCGCACCGCGUGAUUAUUUACCUCUCGCGUGUCGUCGCGUUACCACAGUGUGCCGUACAGUGUGUGUGCGCGCGGAGCACAGUUUAGAUCCAGGACUAAGAGCCCUACCAACAUACAUUCCAACAACUGUAAGCAGCAGCAAGUCUGGCAGUACGGUACGGCAUUUGACGACAGCAAAACGAUAACGUACAGUGCGCGCACGAUUUCGAGUCGUUCGAGUCGGUUCCAGCCAGCUACACACAUACACGCACACACACGCCCGCCCGUUUUAAUUUUUUGUCUAACUGCCGUGCAUCGUCAAAUCGUUGUUUACAUUUUCGUCAGCAGCGCUAGAUGAUAAGGAAUAGGCAACGCGUCGGUGCCCAGUCGAACGGGUGUAGAGAGGCCCGUGUGCUGUACAGAUUUGAGCCACGAUCGUUCCGGAUGGUUUGACUGUGAGUGAGUGAGUGAGCGAUUGUCCCCGACUGUGGGUAGAAAUAUUUGAAGCAGCAAGGGGGUAUCAAAUAUUUGAAACCACAAAAAAGGAUGAUGUGUGUGCGUGCAAGCUUCGACAAGACAAAUAUUUGACGACGGCUAAGAAACCAGCGCAAGGGCUGAUUGUGUGUUAUCGGAGAGUCCAUUGCUCCGGUUUUCUAUCACCUUAUCGCGCACCCCGAUCCGAUCGUUCUGCCCAGUGAGUGCGCGCGUGUGUGUGUGUGUCUUCAAUACGGUGACAAACGUCCAGCACAGUGUGUCGUGAAGCCGUGAAGCAGCCAAAGAAAGUGUGGCCAAGUUUUGAAAAAAAGGAAAGAAAAGGGUUCUAGAACGGAUUUGUUCCCCCGUUUCGUGUUCGAUUUGCCAUCGCAGCCUACUGGGAUUGCUGCUGCUGCUGCUGCUACUGCUGCUGCUACUGCUGCUUACCGGUUGGCCAAAUGCUGUAUCAUACCCUAGCCAGUGGUGAGGUUGAGAAUUAAUACAGAAAAAAGAAGUGGCGUUUUCCAAGGAAGGGAACAAACACACACAGACAAACGCAUAUGUGUUGUGUGAUUGCAAAAUUAAAUGUGAGUGAAAACUGUGCCCUACCCAUCACCCAAUCAAAGGUGUGUAGCCGCACAUGUGUGAGAGCGAGUGCCAUUAGAAGGGCGAAGAAGGUACGGCGAAGAAGUUUGCAUUGUGUAUACGUCUGUUCCGUAGAAAAGGGGGAAAGAUAAUGUUCUGUGAAAAGUGUACAAAAAGCUGAGCAAAAUAUGCUAUAAUUGUGCAAGAAUUGUCCAAAAGUGAAAGCAAUAAUCAGUGCCAGUUGUACGGGAUCAUCUCCCCUUGUGUGCAAAAACAAACACCAACGAUCAAGAAUCUCACCGAAGAGUCCGCCUUCGGAGUGGCCCCUUAACCCGUUCUAACACCAGCACGUUCACAACCAACCAACCGUUCGCCAUCUCGGCCGUGCCAUGGAUGAACUCAUCAACGGAACGCUCCAGCGUCUACCAUUCGAUGACGGGGGACGAUGGAGCAACGUUACUUCCGUUCUGCCAACGAUCGACACGGCGACGGCCGGGGAGGAGACUGACUUCCCGGACGAAACCAGCAGAUUUUCCCGCCCACUGCUAACGUUUGCUGCCGUCGCGACGAUCACAAUUAUGGUCACAGGAAUUGUGGGCAAUUUGCUUACGAUUGUCGCACUGCUCAGAUGUCCCAAGGUGCGCAAUGUGGCGGCCGCCUUCAUUAUCAGCCUGUGCAUAGCGGAUUGUCUGUUUUGCAUCAUCGUCCUGCCAUUCAACGCGAUGCGCUUCAUCCAGGGCACGUGGAUGCACGGCGAGACGCUCUGCACACUGAUAACGUUUAUGCAAUACGGCAGUGUCGGCGUGUCGCUGCUUUGCAUCACGAUGAUCAGCAUAAACCGCUACAUUAUGAUCGCACACUACAGCAUCUAUCCGAAGGUGUACAAGACGUCCUGGAUUAUGGUGAUGAUCGUUGCCUGCUGGCUGUUUUCCUACGGCUUCCAACUGCCAACGCUUUUCGGUGUUUGGGGAAAAUUCGGUUACAACCACCAACUCGGCACCUGCUCAAUACUGCCGGACGAUGAGGGACGCAGCAGCAAGACGGCCAUGUUCAUCAUUGCCUUUAUCAUUCCGUGUAUGAUUAUCGUGAUAUGCUACAGUCGCAUCUUUUGCGUCGUGCACAAAUCGGACAAGCGGAUGAAGAACCAUUCCAAAUCACAGUGCAACAUUCCAAACAAUCUGCGAUCGGCGGUCGAUCCGGCCUCGCCCCUGUCGGCCGGCAGUUCCAGCUCGGCCAACAACAACUCCAUCAGCUACACGGCCAGCUCGUCGGCGGUGAAGGUCGCGGGUGCCGCUCGCACCGCGGCGGACGCGCGGGACGCAAAGGCCCGGCGCAACGAGUGGCGCAUCACCAAGAUGGUGCUGGCGAUCUUUCUGUCGUUCGUCAUGUGCUACCUGCCGAUCACGAUAUCGAAAAUCGUCGACAAGAAUGUCUCGGUGCCGGUGCUGCACAUCAUCGGCUACAUUAUGCUGUACCUUUCGGCGUGCAUCAAUCCGAUCAUUUACGUGAUCAUGAACAAGCAGUAUCGGCAGGCGUACAAGACCGUGAUCUUCUGCAAACCGUCACGCCUGCUUGGCUUCGGUGGUAGCAGUGUUGGAGAGAAAUGGAAAGACAUCGGGUACAGCUACAACCACAGUCGUACCAUGGUGUCCCAAGUUUCAAUAGCCGAACCAGAGUCGCCCCCAUCCAGCCGACUACGCCAAGAUUCGCCGCACCCACAACAUUUAGUCGCCAUUCAAGAUAGUUAGUAGCAGAUAAGACUUUUGAGAACUGCAGAACCCACAAGACACAGGAGGACAGUGGACUGAAAACGCAUUAUCUUUCUCCCUACACUAAUAAUAAUAAUAAUAGUAAUAAUAGUAAUAGCCGUGUACCGGAGUACACAGUGAGCAGUGACCACCCUGCUGAUAAGCCACUUGAAUGACCAAAAAACAUGGAAGACAUGGCCGAAUGGAACCAGCAAACCAGAGGUUACGUUCGCCAAACGCCACUUAUGACACCAAAACGACUCCAAAAAAGCACCACGAUUCGGGGGGUUUUGUUUUAAAAUCACGUUGGGAACUCGUAAGUCCCAAACUACUACUAUGUAACAUUCACGAUGCCAAACCGAUAGGGUUAACCAAUACAUUUUCUGCAAGCUAAUGGCAGAGACGCGAACGAUUUCGCUAGCGAAAGAGGUUGAAUUUCGAGGAGGAAGUUUAAGGUUUGUUGGUAGUUUGUAAGGAUGAGCGCAUGAGUAUAGUAAUAGUGUUCUUAGUUCGUACAAAGCGAAUGCAAAGCUCCAAAGAUGUGACGAGAGUUAGCAGCCAAGAGCAGCACAGAAAAAUGUCAAGACAAAAGGCCCGGCUCUUGUUAUCGUUUGCAAUAUAGUUGAUAAGAUUAAAUUAUUCGCCUUUAGUUUCGGAUGCAACGGACGCGGUUCCUGAACAGCGACUACUUCCCGCAAGCAACGACACUUCUCACUCUCUCUCUCUCUGUAACCUGUACAAAAAUCAAACCGAUCAAGUGAAUAAAGACAGCUCUUAACGUAAACGCCAACAA